AUGAAGAGCAGUGGUAAUGGCACAAAUCAACUAUUUGUUGUUGAGCUUGAUACCAUCAAGAAUCCCCAAUUUUCUGAUAUUAAUGACAACCACGUUGGGAUUGAUGUAAACAGCAUUGUGUCUAUCAAUUCCCACACAGCUGGUUACUACGCAUCAAAUGGUAUGUUCUCUCCCUUGAAGCUUGCUAGUGGUCAACCAAUGCAAGUAUGGGUGGAUUAUGAUGGCACCUCACACAACCUUAGUGUCAGCUUAGCACCUUAUUUAGAGCAUAAGCCUCAGCGUCCACUACUAUCAAGCACUGUCAAUCUUACAUCUGUGUUGGCAAACAACUCAUUCUAUGUUGGGUUUUCAUCUUCAACCGGCCUCCUUAAGUCUAGGCACUACAUUAUUGGUUGGAGUUUCAAUACAACUGGGAAGGCUCAACCAUUGAACUACACAUCUUUGUCUCAAGUUAUAGAAGAUGUUAGGCCGAAACCACAGACUCGCUCGCAUAUCCCUAGGGCCAUUAUUGUACCGGUUGUCACAAUAUCAACAGUGAUUGUGCUUGUUAUUUGUGUUGUUCUUUAUGCUCUUAGAAAGAAGGCAAGGAAUAAUUUUGAGUGGGAAAUCGAGGCUGGUCCACCAUCUUUCACAUAUAAAGAGCUAGUCAGUGCAACAAAAGGUUUCAGUGACGCAAUGCUACUAGGGGAGGGGGGAUUUGGAAAGGUGUAUAAAGGGAUGCUACAAACCUCAAAACAAAAUGUUGCGAUCAAGCGAGUUUCACCAGAGUCCAAGCAGGGGAUGAAGGAGUUCAUAUCCGAGAUUAUGAUCCUUGGUCACCUCCGCCAUCGCAACCUUGUCCAGUUGCUCGGUUAUUCUCGUCACCGAAAUGAGCUACUUCUAGUUUAUGAUUACAUGCCGAAUGGUAGCCUUGAUAAAUUUUUGCACAGUCAAGAUAGGCAAGACCUAGAUUGGGUUUACAGAUUUAACAUUAUCAAGGGCGUCGCAUCCGGUCUCUUCUACCUCCAUGAGGAUUGGGAGAAAGUUGUCAUCCAUCGAGACAUCAAGACAAGCAACGUGCUCCUCGACGGCGAAAUGAAUGCAAGACUUGGUGAUUUCAGCCUUGCAAGGUUACACAACCAUGAAAACGGAACAGGAGCCCACAUCACAAACAUUGCCGGCACACAAGGGUACAUUGCUCCUGAGCUGGCCAUGCUUGGGAGGGCAACCAAGGCGACUGAUGUGUUUGCUUUUGGUGUGUUGAUGUUGGAGGUUGCUUGCGGGAGGCAUCCGAUAGGAGUGAGCUAUUCCGGUGAGCAGCUGUUACUAAAAGAUUGUGUGCGCCACACAUGGGAACGCGAUUCCAUCCUUGCAACAGUAGACCCAAGGCUGGAAGAUUAUAUAACGGAGGAAGUGGAGUUAGUACUAAAGCUUGGCCUGCUAUGCUCAUACUCAAUAUCCAGUGCUAGGCCAAGCAUGCGCCUAAUUAUGCAAUACCUUGGGAAGGAUGCGUUGUUCCCAGAUUUCCAACCGAGUUUUCCAGGAAGAGAUGAAGGCUUUGAUCAAUAUAUCAGUGUAGAAAACGAUGGGAAGCGUUCUACCCUCUCGUGA